CACCCAAAAUGGAAUUCGCAGUUUUGCUCUGACUCAACCUCAACCUUUCUCUACGGCCCUUUUUCUGAGGGUUCAUCUAAGUUUGGUUCAUGGCGGAGUCGGUCGAGUUACCGAGCCGGUUGGCGAUUCUUCCAUUCCGAAACAAGGUGUUGUUGCCUGGCGCGAUAAUUAGAAUUCGAUGUACUUCACCGAGCAGUGUGAAAUUGGUGGAGCAAGAGUUAUGGCAGAGGGAAGAGAAAGGAUUAAUUGGGAUUCUUCCUGUUCGGGAUACUGCCGAGAUGACCACGGUUGGGCCCUUGUUAUCCCAAGGUGUAGGAACUGAUUCUGGAGAGCGAAGCUCAAAAAUUCAAGUUGCCACAUCAGAAUCUAACAAGCCGGAUGGAAAAAAUCAGCAGGAAGUUAUUCAUUGGCAUACAAGAGGGGUUGCUGCUCGAGCUCUACAUCUGUCUAGAGGAGUGGAGAAACCUAGUGGGAGGGUUACGUACAUAGUUGUCCUUGAAGGUUUGUGCAGAUUUAGUGUCCAGGAGCUUAGUACAAGGGGAACAUAUUAUACUGCUCGGAUUUCUUCUCUUGAUAUGAACAAAACUGAAAUGGAGCAAGUAGAGCAAGAUCCAGAGUUCAUAGCAUUGUCUCGCCAAUUCAAAGCUACUGCCAUGGAACUUAUCUCUGUUCUUGAGCAGAAGCAAAAAACUGGUGGAAGAACGAAAGUACUUUUGGAGACAGUUCCAGUUCACAAAUUGGCAGAUAUUUUUGUUGCUAGCUUUGAGAUAAGUUUUGAGGAACAGUUAUCAAUGUUGGAUUCAGUUGAUCUGAAAGUAAGGCUUUCAAAAGCCACUGAGUUAGUUGAUCGGCAUUUGCAAUCGAUACGUGUAGCAGAGAAGAUUACCCAAAAGGUGGAGGGACAGUUGUCAAAGUCACAAAAGGAAUUUCUUCUCCGUCAGCAGAUGAGGGCUAUAAAAGAGGAGCUUGGUGACAAUGAUGACGAUGAGGAUGAUGUGGCUGCACUGGAAAGAAAGAUGCAAAGUGCAGGAAUGCCUCCAAAUAUCUGGAAGCAUGCACAAAGGGAGUUAAGGCGACUCAAGAAAAUGCAACCUCAACAACCUGGAUAUAAUAGUUCACGUGUUUAUCUGGAGCUUCUUGCUGAUCUGCCCUGGCAGAAGGCCAGUGAAGAACAUGAAUUGGACUUAAGAGCUGCAAAAGAGCGUCUUGACAGUGAUCACUAUGGUUUAGUCAAGGUCAAGCAACGGAUUAUAGAGUAUCUGGCUGUUCGCAAGCUUAAACCAGAUGCGAGAGGCCCAGUCUUGUGCUUUGUUGGUCCACCAGGUGUUGGGAAAACAUCUCUGGCAUCAUCUAUUGCUUCUGCCUUGGGCAGGAAAUUUGUACGCAUAUCACUUGGUGGUGUUAAGGAUGAGGCUGAUAUUAGAGGGCAUAGGAGGACAUACAUUGGAAGUAUGCCAGGCCGGCUUAUUGAAGGAUUAAAGAGAGUAGGUGUUAGCAAUCCAGUUAUGCUGCUAGAUGAGAUUGAUAAAACAGGUUCUGAUGUUCGUGGGGAUCCAGCUUCAGCACUAUUGGAGGUUCUUGACCCUGAACAGAACAAAACAUUCAAUGAUCACUAUUUGAAUGUUCCAUAUGACCUUUCAAAGGUGAUUUUUGUGGCAACUGCAAAUAGGGUGCAGCCUAUCCCUCCGCCACUCUUAGACAGGAUGGAAGUCAUUGAGCUGCCUGGUUAUACCCCUGAAGAAAAGCUUAAAAUAGCUAUGCGACAUUUAAUACCACGAGUUUUGGAUCAGCAUGGGUUGAGCUCUGAAUUCCUAGAAAUAUCUGAGGCUAUGGUGAAACUUGUUAUUCAGAGGUACACUAGAGAAGCUGGUGUUCGGAGUCUGGAAAGGAACUUAGCUGCCUUGGCUCGUGCAGCAGCUGUUCAGGUUGCUGAGCAAGAACAAACCAUUCCACUCAGCAAAGACAUGCACCGGCUUGCUUCACCAUUGCUGGACAGCAGACUUGCUGAUGGGUCUGAAAUGGAAAUGGAAGUCAUUCCAAUGGGUGUAAACAAUCAGGAGUUGUCAAACACAUUCAGGGUUGCCUCGCCUUUGGUUGUGGAUGAGGCUAUGCUAGAUAAAGUACUUGGGCCUCCAAGAUAUGAUGACAAAGAGACUGCGGAACGAGUUGCAACUGCAGGGGUAUCUGUUGGGCUUGUUUGGACUGCUUUUGGUGGAGAAGUUCAAUUUGUUGAGGCUACGGCGAUGCUGGGAAAGGGUGAUUUACAUCUAACUGGGCAACUUGGUGAUGUUAUUAAAGAAUCAGCACAAAUAGCACUUACAUGGGUAAGAGCAAGGGCAGCAGAUCUUAAGCUGGCAGCUGCUGAGGAAAUCAAUCUGCUGCAGGGACGGGAUGUUCAUAUACAUUUUCCUGCUGGGGCUGUGCCUAAGGAUGGUCCCUCAGCAGGUGUGACUAUGGUAACAUCAUUGGUUUCACUGUUCAGUCAGAAAAGAGUAAGAGCGGAUACAGCAAUGACUGGAGAGAUGACUCUGAGGGGUCUAAUAUUACCAGUAGGUGGUAUCAAAGAUAAGAUAUUGGCAGCUCAUCGUUAUGGUAUCAAGAGAGUUAUUCUGCCAGAGAGGAACUUGAAGGACUUAGUGGAAGUGCCAACAGCUGUGCUUGCCAGUUUGGAGAUACUGCUUGCUAAGCGAAUGGAAGAUGUACUGGAGCAGGCUUUUGAAGGUGGAUGCCCAUGGAGACGAGACUCAAAAUUGUGACAGGACCCUUGACCCAUGUAUCUAACAAAUCUCUGGUGAUAAAGAUGCUUACUUUCUCAACAAAUCUAUUGAGCAUACAGACUUUGUAUUCAUUCAGCAAGGGUGAAGGGACCUUCGGCAAUUGGAGAUUGGAGAAGUGGUUAAUGGGUUGAACUGGACAUAGUUAUGACAAAAGGAAAGAAAGGGCAAAAGUUGCAAUAUUUAUAAACGGGUCUGGCAAUGCCAUUCCCUUUUUCAAGUUUAUAAUGAAAAUUCUUGGUAUGUAUUAUUCUUUAUUCCCACCAAGCUUGUAUGUAUUGAGGGCAAACAACCGCUUCCUGGUUAUUGGUACUGUAACAUGUAUAAAUUAUCAUUUUAUUUGAGCAAGGGAAUGCUUGCUUUGAUGUAUUUCACAAUUGAUUUGGGGCUU